CAGGCUCUGGAUUUCUGCGACAGCGACAGGUAUGUGGAACCUAGUGCAUUUGUUUUCGUCAUAUUUGACUUAAAUAGAACAAGCAUCAAGACAUGGCCUUUGCUCAAGUAGUAAUCGGACCACCUGGAUCUGGUAAGACCACCUACUGCAAGGGGAUGAAGGAAUUCCUCUCACAAACCGGACGCAAAGUGACCAUCGUGAACCUGGACCCGGCCAACGACUUUCUCCCCUACGACGUCGGAGUGGACAUCUCUGACCUUGUCACCCUCUCAGAUGUCAUGGAGAAGCUGCGGCUUGGACCCAAUGGAGGCCUGGUCUAUUGCAUGGAGUAUUUGGAGAAGAACCUGGACUGGUUGAAGGGCCAGUUGGAUAAGUUAAAGGAUCAUUACUUUCUCUUUGACUGUCCUGGUCAGGUUGAGCUCUACACACAUCACGAUUCAGUGAAGAACAUUGUCGCCCAGCUCCAGAAGUGGAAUUUCAAGUUGGUGUCUGUUCAUCUAGUUGAUGCCCACUACUGCAGUGAUCCAGCCAAGUUCAUCAGUGUCCUCCUCACUUCUCUAUCCACCAUGCUACAAAUGGAACUACCUCACGUUAAUCUCCUGUCAAAGAUUGACCUGGUGGAGCAGUAUGGAAGAUUACCAUUCAACCUGGACUACUUCACAGAGGUGUUGGAUCUAGGCUACCUGCUGUCACAUCUAGAAGAAGACCCGUUUCUCAAGAAGUUUAAGAAGCUGAACGAGGCCCUCAUCGGUCUGGUGGAAGACUACAGUCUUGUUUCUUUCAUCCCUCUCAACAUUCAAGACAAGGACAGUGUGUUGACUGCCGUUAAGACGAUAGACAAAGCCAAUGGCUAUGUCUUUGGAGAUCUUGAAGAACGGAAUCUAAAGGCUUUGAUGUCCUGUGCUGUGGGAGCUGACUUCGAAUUCUUCAAAACGGCUAGUGUCCAAGAGAAGUACAUGCAGAAAAACCCCACUCCGCUGGAUGAAGCCUCCGCUGCCCCUGAAGACAUGGACACGUGACCCAGAGAUUGACAGUUGACUCCAGUUUAGUCGAGUCUACCAUGGCCAUUAGAAAAUGAUCAUUGCAUUGACCAUGAUUGCAUCUUCACUUGCUUGGGUACCAACCAAUAGGCAAUAAAGAGAUUGAUAGUUGACCCCGGUCUAGUCGAGUCUACUAUGGCCGUUGAAAAUGAUCAUUGUCCAUGAUUGGAUCUUCACCUGCUUGGGUACCCACCAAUAGGCAAUAAAGAGAUUGACCGUUGACCCCGGUCAGGUCGCGUCUACCAUGGCCGUUGAAAAUGAUCAUUGUCCACGAUUGGAUCUUCACCUGCUUGGGUACCCACCAAUAGGCAAUAAAGAGAUUGACCGUUGACCCCGGUCAAGUCGCGUCUACCAUGGCCGUUGAAAAUGAUCAUUGUCCACGGUGGGAUGUUCACUUGCUUGGGUACCCACCCAUAGGCAAUAAAGAGAUUGACCGUUGACCCCGGUCUAGUCGAGUCUACCAUGGCCGUUGAAAAUGAUCAUUGUCCACGGUGGGAUGUUCACUUGCUCGGGUACCCACCCAUAGGCAAUAAAGAGAUUGACCGUUGACCCCGGUCUAGUCGAGUCUACCAUGGCCGUUGAAAAUGAUCAUUGACCACGAUUGGAUCUUCACUUGCUUGGGUACCCACCAAUAGGCAAUAAAGAGAUUGACUGUUGACCCUGGUCAAGUCGCGUCUACCAUGGCCGUUGAAAAUGAUCAUUGACCGAGAUGGGAUCUGCACUUGCUUGGGUACCCACCCAUAGGCAAUAGAGAGAGUGGUGUUGUACUCCGUAAUACCUUGUGUCUGUUGGACAUUUUAUAACGGAAAGGAACGAAUCGAGGUGGAGGUGAACUACAAGCAGCCUGCUGCCCAGGGGACGUACAGUUCACUUCCCAUACCUGGAAGUAGGAAAGUAGAAUAAUGGGAAAGUUGGCUUUUGUUUAACCUAAGAAUGGUCUGAUUCUCGAUGCUAAGAUACUUGUCUGGUGGUUAGUGGUUAGCUAAAUUCAAAUACUUGACCGUCAAUGUUCAAUUCCAAGUCAUUUUUUUUUCAAGUAAAUCAAGAAAAUCAUAUGCGUGUAUGUGUAUGUUCAAUGUGUGAGCAAAAAUUUCCUACCUGUAUGUUUACUUAAACUCAAUUUAACCAAGGGAAGGACUGGGGUCAUUCUUUCAUGAACUCAAUUAGUUCUCUGUCUCUAAAAAUCAGAAAGACUUGGAAUUUUAAUCCUUAUUCAAGGGUAAUAAAGUUUAGUAUAUUGUUUAUAGAUAUUUUUUUGAUUUUCUACCUUGGUGGGGAAGUGUUGCAGGGUUAACUUCAUGAUUUCCUUGAUGUUUACACUAUUAUUCAUAGGGUAAUUUUCAACAUCCAUUCCCGCAAUUUAUGGUACUAUCAGUAUCCAGUUGUGAUCAGUAGCAUGUCAUUCACUCAUUACCACCUUUUUUAACUCUUUGCAAGCUGAAUUAAUUUUAGGGGAUAAUAAUGACAAUUGCUUCCAUGUUGUUUUCUUUAAUUCAAGAUAUCCAUAUUGCACCAUUGAAUACUUAUUAUUAUAUAGAUGCCAUCCAAGAACUGUUGCUACAGUAUUUUAUUAGCUUAUCUAAUUUGAAGGUACAUGUAGG